UGUUGGUGAUUUCUCGAAAACUUUUCUCGGUUAAUAAAGUGCAUUCGCUAUUUUUUCAAGCUUGUAGAGGGAAAAAACAAUGGGUACGUCCCUAUUUGCGCUCCAUGUAUAGGAGGAGACUCGACCAGGGCCCUGAGCCAGAAAGGCCUGCCUCUGCUUGGAUUAACUGGGUGCCUGUUGAAAUUCUUAACAUCGAAAGACAUGUUAAGCCACAUAGCCUCAAACCUUGGAGUAAAAGAUCUCAUUCUGAGUGAUGAUUACCCUCCGCCUAACUUGACCUUGUGUAAAACAUUCAAAGCCGUUGUCGGUGCCCUCUAUUUGGAUCAGGGUUACGACAGAUGCUCCAAGUUCGUUAGAGACUUUAUAGCUGUGCAACUUGUCGGGAAGAGGGUGGAUGACGUCUGGGUAGUCACCAACCCGAUGGGUCUGCUCGUCAAGGAGCUGCAAAAGUUAGGGUUGAAGGAACCAGAGUCCAGACUAAUAUGGUCCUCCGGCAGCAAUACAGUCCUUUCAAAUUAUGUCGUUGGCAUCUAUUCGGACAAAAAACUGCUUGGGAAAGCACCGGGAGAAACGCUAACGACAGCAGAAGAAAUGGCCGCAAGGGAUGCCCUCAGAAAUUUAUAUCAAAUUCAAGAUAAACGGACACCUUUAAAAUUUUAAUCAUUUAUUAUUUUUUUCGAAACAAUAAAUAUUAUUUAUAAACU